AUGGAAGAAGCCGACAAGAGCGCGGAAGAGCUCCGAGCUCAAAUUGCCGAGUGCGAGGCGACGCUUCAGUCACUCAAGGAGCAGUUGGCUGCAGCAGAAGCUGCCAAGACCCCGCCUUAUAGCGGCAGUACUGAGACGGACAGGGGCAGUAUUAGCAGUAGCUGGAAAUGGCCCCUGGCCGAGGCAGAGUAUGAUCGUUAUGGAAGGCAGCUGAUACUGCCAACUGUUGGUAUCCAAGGCCAGCUCAGAUUGAAAGCAGCUUCGGUCCUCAUCGUCGGUGCCGGUGGUCUCGGGUGUCCCGCCUCGGCAUACCUUGCAGGCGCAGGCGUGGGCACCAUAGGCCUCGUGGAUGGAGACACGGUUGAGGCCUCCAACCUCCACCGACAGGUCGCCCACGGCACUUCAAGAGUAGGCAUGCUAAAGGUUGACAGCGCCAUAAGCUACCUGAGAGAACUCAACCCGCUGGUAAAGUACAAUGCGCACCGAACCCACCUGACUCCGCAGAACGCCGAGUCCAUAGUCUCGGGCUACGACCUGGUCCUCGACUGCACCGAUCAUCCCACCUCGCGCUAUCUCAUCUCGGACGUCUGCGUGCUCCUCCGUAAGCCCCUGGUCUCGGCUUCUGCGCUACGCACCGACGGCCAGCUGAUCGUGCUCAACACCCCCGCCGCGCCGCAGACCGACUCGUCGGGCGGGCCCUGCUACCGCUGCGUGUUCCCAAGGCCGCCUCCGCCCGACGCCGUCACCAGCUGCGGUGAGGGCGGGAUCCUGGGCCCGGUCGUUGGUGUCAUGGGCGUUCUGCAGGCCCUCGAGGGCAUCAGGCUGGUUGCAGCUGGUCGACACCUCCUUCCGCCGUCGGAACAGCAACAGCAACAACAGCAGCCGCAGCAAACACUCAUUCCCCCCUCGUUGCUACUCUUCUCGGCACCCCCGGACGGUAGUCCAGCCGGGUUCAGGAGCGUUAGGAUGCGUGGUCGGCGCAAGGAUUGUUUUGCCUGUGGGGAGAAAUCGACACUGUCGCUGGCGACGCUGCGGGAAGGGGGACUGGAUUAUGUCCAAUUCUGUGGUGGGCCGAGACAGCCUGUAGCACUGCUGAAGCCGGAAGAACGCAUUUCGGUCGAGCAACUGAACGCUUUAUUGCAGCAACAGCAGGACGGGGAGCAUGGGAAGCCCGUGCUGUUGGACGUGCGGGAGCGAGAGCACUUUGAAAUUGCAAAUAUCCCCGGGUCAAUUAACGUACCAUUUUCGAAAACGCAGAGCCCCGGGGCCCGUAAGAGUACCCAAGAAAAUACAAAGCUGGACUGGUUGCCAGAUGUUGUUACUGACGGCGACUCGCCCGUGUACGUAGUCUGCCGAGUUGGGAAUGAUUCGCAGACUGUGGCCAGACAACUCAAAGAGUUCGGGCUUGACAACCAAGGAAGACGUUUUGUUGGUGACGUCAAGGGCGGCAUGCUGGCUUGGAAAAGAGAGGUGGAUAGUACCCUGCCGUUCAUGUAA